AAGGCAGCAACAGCAGUAGCAGCAGCAGCCGCUGUGGGACAGCGACAGCGGGGGCGGCGCAGGCGCACUGUGCCCGCCGGAGCCUGCAGUUCCAGAGCCGGGUGUGCUGCACCGCCACAGUCUGGGCAGCAGCAGCCAGGGGAGCGCUACUACCAUGAACUGCCUGGUCCUCCUCCCCAGAGCUGCUCAUCCGGGUCGGGCUCGAGAUACAGUUAGGGGACCCGGUCGCCGCCGCGCCCCCUCCUCUUUCUCUUUUCUCUUUUCUCCUUACUCCUCCUCUUCUUCCUCCUCCUCCUCCUCUUCCUCCUUCUCCUCCUCCUCCUCCUCCUCCUCCUCCUCUUCUUCCUCCUCCUCCUCCUCUUCCUCCCCCUCCCCCGCCGCGGAUCCUGGCCACUGCUCCCCAGACCCAGGAUGCCGGGGGGCAAGAGAGGGCUGGUGGCACCGCAGAACACAUUUUUGGAGAACAUCGUCAGACGCUCUAGUGAAUCAAGUUUUUUACUGGGAAAUGCCCAAAUUGUGGACUGGCCUAUAGUUUAUAGUAAUGACGGUUUUUGUAAACUCUCUGGAUAUCAUCGAGCUGACGUUAUGCAGAAAAGUAGCACUUGCAGUUUUAUGUAUGGGGAACUGACAGACAAGAAGACCAUUGAGAAAGUCAGGCAAACUUUUGACAACUAUGAGUCAAACUGCUUUGAAGUUCUUCUGUACAAGAAAAACAGAACUCCUGUUUGGUUCUAUAUGCAAAUAGCACCAAUCAGAAAUGAACAUGAAAAGGUGGUCUUGUUCCUGUGUACUUUUAAGGAUAUUACCCUGUUCAAGCAGCCAAUAGAAGAUGAUUCUACAAAAGGUUGGACAAAGUUUGCCCGAUUGACCCGGGCUUUGACAAAUAGCCGAAGUGUUUUGCAGCAGCUCACUCCAAUGAACAAAACAGAAGUGGUCCACAAACACUCAAGAUUAGCUGAAGUUCUUCAGCUGGGAUCAGAUAUUCUUCCUCAGUACAAACAAGAAGCUCCAAAGACUCCACCACACAUUAUUUUACACUAUUGUGCUUUUAAAACAACCUGGGAUUGGGUGAUUUUAAUUCUCACUUUCUACACCGCCAUUAUGGUUCCUUACAACGUUUCCUUCAAAACAAAACAGAACAACAUAGCCUGGCUGGUGCUGGACAGCGUGGUGGAUGUUAUUUUUCUCGUAGACAUUGUUUUAAAUUUCCACACGACUUUUGUUGGUCCUGGUGGAGAGGUCAUUUCUGACCCCAAGCUCAUAAGGAUGAACUACCUGAAAACUUGGUUUGUGAUAGAUCUUCUGUCUUGUUUACCUUAUGACAUCAUCAAUGCCUUUGAAAAUGUGGAUGAGGGGAUCAGCAGCCUCUUCAGUUCUUUGAAAGUGGUGCGUCUUCUACGUCUGGGCCGUGUUGCUAGGAAGUUGGACCAUUACCUGGAAUACGGUGCUGCUGUAUUGGUGCUGUUGGUGUGUGUAUUUGGACUAGUCGCUCACUGGCUAGCCUGCAUUUGGUACAGCAUUGGGGAUUAUGAAGUCAUUGAUGAAGUCACGAAUCGCAUCCAAAAUGAUAGCUGGCUUUAUCAGCUGGCCAUGAGUAUUGGGACGCCUUAUCAGUACAAUACCAGUACAGGGGCAUGGGAAGGAGGACCCAGCAAGGACUCCUUGUAUGUCUCCUCCCUCUACUUUACCAUGACAAGCCUUACCACAAUAGGAUUUGGAAACAUAGCUCCAACCACUGACGUGGAGAAGAUGUUUUCUGUGGCCAUGAUGAUGGUUGGCUCCCUCCUAUAUGCAACUAUUUUUGGAAAUGUUACUACAAUUUUCCAGCAAAUGUAUGCUAAUACCAAUCGAUACCAUGAGAUGCUGAACAAUGUCCGUGACUUCCUAAAAUUGUAUCAAGUCCCUAAAGGCCUUAGUGAGAGAGUAAUGGAUUAUAUCGUCUCCACAUGGUCUAUGUCAAAAGGCAUUGACACAGAGAAGGUCCUCUCCAUUUGUCCAAAGGACAUGAGAGCAGAUAUCUGUGUGCAUCUGAACCGCAAGGUUUUUAAUGAGCAUCCUGCCUUCCGGCUGGCCAGUGAUGGAUGCCUACGCGCCUUGGCAGUGGAAUUCCAAACAAUUCACUGUGCUCCAGGAGACCUCAUCUACCAUGCUGGAGAAAGUGUGGAUGCCCUCUGCUUUGUGGUAUCAGGAUCCCUCGAAGUUAUACAGGAUGAUGAGGUGGUGGCUAUUUUAGGAAAAGGGGAUGUAUUUGGAGAUAUCUUCUGGAAGGAAACCACCCUUGCCCAUGCUUGUGCCAAUGUCCGGGCGCUAACAUACUGUGACUUACACAUCAUCAAGCGGGAAGCCUUGCUCAAAGUCCUGGACUUCUACACAGCUUUUGCAAACUCCUUCUCAAGGAACCUCACUCUCACUUGCAAUCUAAGGAAAAGGAUUAUUUUCCGUAAAAUCAGCGACGUGAAAAAGGAAGAGGAGGAGCGUCUUCGGCAGAAAAACGAGGUCACCCUCAGCAUCCCAGUGGACCACCCUGUCCGGAAGCUUUUCCAAAAGUUCAAGCAGCAGAAGGAACUAAGAAAUCAAGGAUCAACCCAGAGCGAUCCCGAAAGGAACCAACUUCAGGUGGAGAGCCGCUCCUUACAAAAUGGGGCUUCCAUCACUGGCACCAGCGUAGUCACCGUUUCUCAGAUCACCCCAAUCCAGACUUCUCUGGCCUACGUGAAAACCAGUGAGUCCCUCAAACAGAAUAACCGAGAUGCCAUGGAACUCAAGCCAAAUGGCAGUGCUGACCCAAAGUGUCUCAAAGUCAACAGCCCCAUGAGAAUGAAGAAUGGAAAUGGAAAAGGCUGGUUACGCCUCAAGAAUAAUAUGGGUGGCCACGAGGAGAAAAAAGAAGACUGGAAUAACGUCACGAAGGCUGAGUCAAUGGGUUUAUUGUCAGAUGACCCCAAAGGCAGUGACUCAGAGACCAGUGUGACGAAAAAUCCUUUAAGGAAAACAGAUUCUUGUGACAGUGGAAUCACAAAAAGUGAUCUCCGUUUAGACAAAGCUGGUGAGACUCGGAGUCCACUGGAGCACAGCCCUAUUCAGGCUGAUGCAAAACAUCCCUUUUAUCCCAUUCCCGAGCAGGCCUUACAGACCACACUGCAGGAAGUCAAACAUGAACUCAAAGAUGACAUUCACCUGCUAAGCUGCAGAAUGACUGCCCUGGAAAAGCAGGUGGCAGAAAUUUUGAAACUACUCUCUGAAAAGAACAUACCCCAGACCUCCUCGCCCAAAUCCCAAGUGCCACCGCAGGCACCUUCCCAAAUACCAUGUCAGGAUAUUUUUAGUGUUUCGAGGCCGGAGUCACCCGAAUCUGAAAAAGAUGAAAUCCACUUUUAAUAUUAUAUAUACAUAUAUAUUUGUUAAUAUAUGGAAACAGUAUAUACAGCUAUAUACAUGUGUGUAUAUAUAGUAUAUACAUAUAUUUUCACUUGCUUUCACUAUGACUUGAACAAAACAAGGAUUUUGAUAUGUAAAUAUUGCAUGUCCAGCUGGAUUCUGGCCUGCCAAAGAAGAUGACUAUUGAUAACCUAGAUCUUGCUUGUAUAAUAUGCAGUUGACUGCAUGCACACUUUACAAUUAUUUAUAAUCUAUUAUAUAAUAAAAAAGGAUGAUUUUGUUUGUUUAACAAAGGCAAUGUACUAUUUAAAAAAAAAUUCAGGGUCCAACCUGCUAGGAUUCACGUGAGCAUUUUGAUCUCAGGCUGGGGUGGGUUGAGCUCUCAUUCCUUCUGUUUUUUGUUUGUUUGUUUUUUUUUAGUUUGAAUUAUAGAUAAUGCCAAUGAGGAAGUUAACUUUUUCAAACUGUUAAUCUCAUUUUAUGAUCUCUCUUCAUGGAGUAUUUUCUAUGUACUUUGGAUUAGGUUUCUAUUCACCACUAGGCUAGUCCUUUAUUCCAUUUUGAAGGGCCUCUUGAGAGCUCUAUGUCAAGUGUAGGGAGUAAGGGGAAUGGAUCGCUAGGGGCUUUCUGUGUGGAAUACAUUUUCUUUCAGCUAUUCUUCUCCUUUUUUUCCCAUGUAACAUUUAGGUAUGAAUCACAGACAAUCUCAGACGAGAACCCUAGCACUCUCUUUUUUAAGAAAACUGUUAUCUUUUCUUAAACUGACUUUUACCAACACCAGGAAUGUUGAACUAUGACUAGUGUAGGCCAUUAUAGAAAUACUAGACUAUUUAAAGGUUUAUCACCAUUUGUUUUAGGUAAUCUGAUUUUCUAAGGAUACUAAUUGUUCUAAAUGUGGUUUUCUAAAACCUGAACAUGAUGGCAGUGAAUGAGAAAAAAGUUUGCAUUUCAGAAUGAUUGUAAAUUAUUGGUUGUACUUUAAAAAGUAUACUUGUAAUUCACAAAGGGUAGAAUUUAGUAUGGGACUUUUGGUGGAAAGUCUUAUUAGUUUGGAAAAUGUCUAUGGGUAACUGUCUUGAAAAGAAAUAAGAAGUAACCUAUCUCAAAGUAGAUGCUUAAAAAUGAAAUGUGACUCAAACCAGAGGACUGCUUUUAUGAAGACUUUUUUUUUCCCAGUCAAAAUUUUCUAAAGAUUUUUCUUUGUAUACAAAUUUGGUUCUGCCACUAGAUGACUGCAGUGUUGACAAAAUAGACCCCUAUGGCUCAAAAAGACACUCUGUGGAAAGGUGUAAACUUUUAAUUCUUUUGUUUUUGUCAUAAAUCCUCUUCUUAGAAAGUGCCUAUUAAAACUUUUAAAAAAUAUACAAGGAGCUGCUUAAAGCCAGUCACUAAUGAAAUGUAUAUUUAUAAUUAAAAUCCAUACCAAAAUCCAUAUCCACUACAAAGAUGAAAAAAAUCCACAAAUUUCUUUUUCAAUAGGUAAACAUUAUGUAUUUAAAUAGCUCUGAGGUGUAUAUUUUCCUUUUGGUGUAUGCAUGACUUUUACAAGUGAUACUAGUGGGAGUCAGCUGUGUGUCAAGGGGAGAAUAUACUCUAUUCAUUUGUGUAUGUGGUAUGCAUUUGAAAUGUGUGAUACUGCUAAAUACAUAUCCAUGUAUAUAUGUAUGUAUAUAUAGAUAUACCUCUGAAGAAUAUACAUACAUACAUAUAUAGGCAUGUGUAUUCUACAUACAUGUUAUAGCACAGAAAAGAUGACAGUGGAACCAAAGAAGAUGUUUCUGUCUACUAUGGCAAUACUUAAAUUUUAAUGAUCAUUCUUUACCUUUUCUCUCCUCCAAUCCAACCAAAUCUAUUAAUAUCUAUAAGCAAAAUAUUCAGUCAAAUAAAAUCAUGGUCUGACUUGAGAACUAUAAAGCAGUACUGUAAAAUCUAACUUUACACCCAAGUCAAUAAUAAAAUAAAAUAAAAUCAUAUCCCCUAGCCUAAUAACAUGAAGGGUUUGGGAUCGUAGAUUAAUAUUUUAUACAUUUUUCUCUACCUCUUAGCUUCAUGUUCUAGAGACCAGUACUUAAUUUGGUUUACCCUUGUUAGGUGUCUUCUAUGAAGCAAGGAAAUCUACAAAUAAAAUUGGCAUUGAACCUCAAUGAACCUCCCCACUCCUUAUAUAUCUUCAAUAUGUGCCUAUCUCUCCCAAGAGCCUCACCGAGGAUGUAAGUUUGAGGCUGUAGGUAAUAUUUCCCUUUCUUUAUACACACAACUUCCAUUAAUAAUAAAUGGGAGCCUUUAGACGAGAUCAUAAAUGAUGAUAUCUGCUCUACUCCAGGCAUGAUAGAAAGAGUUGAUUAUAACUCAGUUCAUCAAUCAGCCUUUGCCAAAUAGAGAUUUCUUUGCUCGUACGGUUUGGCUAGUGCCCCUCUCACUUAGCCACUUCUCUCAUCCUCUGCCCCAUCAUUGGCAAAAGGAAGAUGGCAGUGGAUGGUCUCUAAGGUUCCUUCAUGUGCUAACAUUUCAUGGAUCUAUAAUUCUCUCAUGGCCUGUGUGUGUGUGUGUGUGUGUGUGUGUGUGUGUGUGUGUGUGUGUAUUUAACUAUGUAUGGGACACAGUUGAGGUUUUUAAAGGGGAAACAGGUAGAAAAUAUGAUCUGAGCCCACCAAUUUGUUCCUUCCAGUUCCAUUUUUACUCCAUAUACUGGCUCAAAUGGAAGUCCAUGAAAAUAUUCAGCUUUCCAAGUUAUUACCAGGUUCAGGUAGUUGAUUAUAAUCAUGAAACAGAGCAUCAGACACCAUUCUCUGUCCUCGAAUAGAAGGAAAAUCAUGGUACCAGAGUAGUAUGAGUUCUCAAGCAGAAAAAAGGUAGCAUCAAUUGCUUUUCAGUGAACGCCUUGGUGUUUUUGUCCCAGUCAUCUCCUUUUUUUGUCUGCAUGGCCUGGUCAUGGUGCUGACCGCAUGUGUUCAUUGAACAUUGUAUAUAUAGUUUUCCUCUAGGUUUCCAGGAAGGACAAUUCCUGUCUACUGAUCUAAUACAAACAUAUUUAAGGGUGAACACUUGCUUUAAUAAGUGCAAUAAUUAUAGAAACAUUUUCUGUGUUGUCUCAAUCAGCACAUGAGUGGUAACCUCUCUUUUGGGGGGACCAAAUGACUGCAUGUUUUAUUUUACAAUUGCUCUUGGUGCAUACAGAAAACUGUUUUUUUUUAAAGAUAUACAUUAUAUAUACAUAUAUUUAUGUAUAUCUUUCUGACCAACACACUAAUAUGAGUCAAUAUAUGUCUUGAAAAUUCAAACUUUUCCAAAGCAACUUAUACAUCUUAAAUAUUUUUUCUAUGUAUAAUAUUAUCAACUAUUAUAACUUGGAUGAUUAGAUAAAAUAUAAUAGAGAUUUUUUAAAAAUGGAAAUAUGAACUAAGUAUCACAAAUAAGUAAGGUUCCUCUGUUUGCACCAGGAUAUGUUGCUAAAAUGUGGUCUAAUGGGGAAUCCAGAGAGAAUAAGCAAUAAGGCCAGAGCUACAUUAUAAUAAAAAGAUGGGAGAAAAACAUAUAGAGGAAUUUAAAAGUACAGGAAUUCUUUAAAAAAUGCAAGAAAUUUAAAAGCUACAUCAACACAUUAAUUCCAUCUUACAAGGUCAUUCUUAAGGAGAAGCCUGCAUAGAUAUAAUCAAAGCCUAUUGUUCAAACGUGUAUAUGUGUGUGUUUAUAUAUAUCUGUCAUGUUUGUGGAGAUGAGGGCAAAAAAAUUAGAAAUUUCAUAGUUUUGUAAGUUUUCUUGCUCAAAUUCUGCAAGAAGAGAUUAAAUUGCUCCUUGAGAAUACAGUAAUUUAGGAGAGAUAUUAACUUUGCCAAGUUGGGUAUCAUUUUAUAAAUUAAUUCUCCCCUGGGGAGCUAUAGAGUCAAAUACAGUAAGUCCAAAUGCUUAACUUAAAGUCAAGGAAUAAUUGACUCACUUAUGGUAUUUAGGCCAUUUGAUUCUUAAUUUUUUUUAAAGCGAAUUCUCUUAAGAACUUUUUCAGUCCUGAGCACAAUGCUUUUGCCAAGUACAGUAGCUGGUCUUUGUGAAAUGAUGUUGUCUCAGGCUAAUGGAAUCAUCUGGCUUGUAUUUCUGAUAUAUUUGUUCUAAUUCUCUUGUCUAAAAUUUCAUGUAGGAAAUGAGAACAUUUGUCUAAAUUUUCUGUAUCAUGCAUGUAUAUUUUAAAAAAAAGAUAAUAAGGUUAGUAUCUUUUGGAUAUACUUUCUUGGUUGUUUCUGGGCACUUUUUUUGUGAUUAGGGAGAAUAUUUCCCCUCCAGGAAAGAAGUUGGGAAAGACAGUGGAAUAAUAACCAUCCAUAUUUUGCCACAAAUUGACAAAUAUCACUUUGGAUGUUAUUUUAUAUCUUUAAGAUUCAAGUUGCCCAUCAAUGAAAACUUAAAUGAAGAUGAUGCCCUCUUUCUCCUUGAAUCAUGGCAUCUGAGGAAUGCAUCUAUGAAUAUUUUGGGUUUUUUUCCGAGCUCAACUAGUACAAUUUCCUCACUUACAUGAGAAAAUAAAGGGCUUUGCAUAUAUCUUGUAAGAUCAGAGACACUUGCUUUCUGCAUAAACUCAAAGAAACAAUUGUCAAAUGAAAUUUUCAUAACAUUUUAUUUGUGAAGUAGAUGAUCCCAGAACAUGGCAUCUAUCCAAACAUUUUAUUUCAUUUUGGGUGAAUGCAUAAUGAGUAAUAUUUGUUAUGAGUAAAUGGAGAAAUUUAAUUUAAUUUUUAUUAAUUUCCCUCAGAUCUCAUGUCAGAAUGAAACGAUGAAUAGAAUUUGGCAAGUGACGAGUUUCAUAAAGCAUAAAAAUUAUUUGGGUAUUUGGAAAUACUGUGCAUAUUAAAGCUGAGGGAAAGAAAGGUAUGGUGGUUCUUUAAGAAAGAAAAUGAAUAUUGUUUUUUUUGUUUGCUCAAUAUAAUGAAAUUAUUCAAUGGUAUAUGCUUGCUAACUUUUUGUGUGUGUUCAGGGAAGUUAAUCUACUGUACCACAGGUAUAUAUUUAUAAUUUUUUUUUUACUUUAUAUACUCACAAUGAGUUUGUAUUUCAACCUUCCUUGAGUGAUUACUAUGGACUGAGCAGGUAGUUUCUUCAGGUGUUUCUAUACUAAAAUGAUUCUGAAAUCUUAAAAAAUAUACAGAUUUGUCUAUGCAUUUAUCUCUACAAUAAAAUACUUUCUAAAAAAAGACUCAUCUUCAAACCA